CUUCAUUUGGUUUAUAUUUAAAUUGAAUGAGCGAAUGGAGCGAAGUUUGUGUAACCUAAAAAUUUAAGAUUAAAAAUCGAAAUGAACACAAGAGAAAUAUUAACGUUACAAUUUGGUCAUUACUCUAAUUUCGUGGGUAGUCAUUGGUGGAAUGUCCAGGAAUUAGGUUUCGAAUACAACACUAACACUGACAAUCCUUCAGAAAUUAACCAUGAUGUAUUUUAUAGGGAAGGACAAACUAAUAAGAGAGAAGUUACUUACACCCCUAGGUUACUGUUAACAGAUUUAAAGGGAAGCUUAAAAUCUUUACCACAGCAAGGAUAUUUAUAUGAUCCUCCAGUAGAUCCAAAUAAAUUUGAAACCUGCUGGCAUUCUGAAGUUGCCAUAGAAGAGGAAGAAAAAAUUGCUAAAAAUGAAUACCAAAAGGAAAUUGAUAAUCCAGCAGAACCCAAAAUUGAAUACAACUUGGAAGAUUCUGUUGAUGUGUGGUCUGAUUUCCUCUAUGCAAGAUUCCACCCACGUACAGUUAAUGUUAUAAAUGAGUAUCAGCAUGAGAGUGAGGAAACACCAUUCAACAUUUUUCCUGUGGGUCAAAAACUCUGGGAAACUGAUUAUUUCAAAGAGGAUUAUGCAGAUAAAAUUAGGAGCAAUGUUGAGGAAUGUGAUAACUUCCAGGGAUUCCAAAUUUUAUUAGAUGCCAAUGACGCCUUUGGAGGAUUGGCUAUGUCCUGUAUGGAAUACAUCUGUGAUGAAUACGAAAAUAAAUCCAUCUUUGCUUUACCAUUGAUUCCAUCAUAUUACAAAGAUUACUCAUAUACAACUGAAGAAGAAUCUCGAAAAUCUGGUGUGAACGAUCAAAUGCGUUUGAUUAAUUUAGGACUUUGCUAUAACAUGUUAAUCGAAAAUUCAUCAGUUUUCGUACCGUUGAGCACAUCUGGCGUUGGCUGGAAAACGUCAAGUCAACCAAGAAGUUUUAAUCACGUGAAUUAUAAACCUGAAUCGUGGUAUCAUUCCAGCGCUAUUUUAGCAUCCGCAUUGGAUACAUUCACACUUAAAUACAGACUUAAGAAUACAUGUUAUUCUUUGAGUGAUUUUGCUGUAGAUUUAACUCCGUAUGGAAGAAAGGCUACUGCUGCUAGCAUUUGCUUGCCGUUUUCAUUGAACACUGGAGGAUAUUUGAUUGAUUGUUUGGAUAAUUGGGAGGGUCCUUUAACGCAAAGCAUUACACCUAACUGUACAAUUGGUAGUUCAAGAUUAAUGCAAUUGUAUACUCUGAGAGGUGUAGGUGCAAAUCAAUUAAAAAAGCCUUCAAGCGUUGCAGGCAAGCAGCUUGAUAUGCCUGCAUACAGAUGCAAUACAAUAGAUGAAAUGCUCAGCAUGUAUUUGGCUUAUACAUGCCAUGCAAGUGCGUCUAAUGUAACGUCUGUAAGUAAAGGUCUUCAAGUAAAGAAACCGUUCCCAGAUAUAUUUGAUAAGAGGGUUGGUCGAAAUGGAAAUAUAAUCGCGGAUGAUAGAAAUCCGGACAUGAGUGUCCAGUCUGUACCAAUAAUGACUGGCUUACAUUCUGGGUCUGAAAUUGGCAAUAUGAUUGAGUCUCUGCAUACGGCAAUGAACAACAUAAAAAUUGCCCGAUUCCAACAGUACGCUUCAGCAGGAUUAGAAAAAGAUGAAUACAACGAAUGUUUAGCAAAACUAUUUGAUUUUCGUGAAUUAUAUGAUGAUAAUUAUGUAUUGUAAAGCUUUUACAAAAACUACAUACAUUUUAUUGAUAUUAAUCAAAUUUUAUAUAAUUGAAUCACAUAUAGAAAUUGCUUGC